GUUUAAAUUUUCAAUUUGAAGUCUCCCGAGUUUUUUUAUGUUUAUAAGUUCGCGUACAUCUUUUAUGUAAGAGAAUAUUUGAAUCAAAAUGGAAGAACAAAUUGUAGAAGAUGUGAGGGAAAUAAUGGAGUCCGUGGUAAAUAAUAUGUUAUCUGAAUAAAUUACUUCUAUUAUUUGAGAGAAGUUUUAAAAAGCAUGUGUUAUUUUUUGCUAGGAUGAAAUUAAACAAAUAGUACCUAAUGCCAAGGGAAAAUUACAUCAGGAAGUAGUGCAGAACGAGAAUUUGAUAUUGGCCAUCGAAGAACUUAAAACAGCGAAUGCACUGAAGGAAGCUGCUUUAGCGUAUAAUGAGUAUUAUUUGAAAGAGAAAAGACUCCCAAGUAAUACAAUAUUUAUGGACGAAGCUCGUCAAACAUACGCACUUUGCCAAGACUUACAUCCGCGUACUACGAGCCAGGAAAACGAGCUUGACAAAGAAGUUAACAGCUUGACCAAAAGAGAGACAGAUUUUGCACAAGCUCAAAACGAAGAUCGAAAAUUACUCAAAUCACUUGAACAAGAUUAUGCAGAUCUAUGCCAAAAGGAAGAAAAAUCCAAGCAAAUCCUGGAAAAUGAAGCUAUGAUUUCUGAGCGGCAGAAAGAAUCCGAGUUACUUGUAAACAUCAAAACAAUCGAAUCUGAAUUGAAAGAUUCAGAAACCGAAGAUCGGACUUUACAAUGGACGGUUGCUCAGAGCUUAUCGAAAUACGAAGAAUUAGAAUCUAGACUAUCUGCGAAAAAAGGGAACAAUAAUGACAUACACGUCGCAAUAGAAUCAAUACAAGAGUCUUGUACUGCAGAUGAAGGAAGCAUUGAGAAACUGGAAUCGGAAAUAACUGGAUGGGAAGAGAAGUUGAUAAGCAUCCAAGGUGAAAUACACUCUCUAGAGGAAUGCACACUGUCUGAAGAACCACAGGAAGAUCUUGAAGAAUUGUUGAAGGAAAAACUUCAAAGUUUGAGGGAGAUAAAAGCAACCAAAUGUGAAAAGAAACUAAAAUACAAAGAGAUGCUUGAAUCAAGUCAGUCGAAAAUUAAUUUGGAGGAACUGCAGUGUACAGAUCUUCAAAAAACUGUAACUGAAUUUAAAGAAAAACUCGAGAAAACAGAGAAUUCUCUAGCUGAAUUGAAUGCUGAAGUAGGGAAGCUGGUAUCGGAAAAUAACCUCUCAUUGACAGCCUUGGAGAAAUAUGAACUAAGUGUAAAAUAUGAAAAACAAAAACUUAAAAAUACAAUGAAAAUAGAAUCGAGGAAUAUUUUCACAAGGCCAAGUACACCUGUAAAAAACAGCCAUACACCCAGUCGUGAAUUGAAUUCGGUGACUUCGACCAGUAAGAAAAGCAGUGAUAAUUGGGACAGCGAUGGGAGUCUGGAAGCUGACUUCAAUGCCUUUAAGCAGAGACGCAAAAGACUGAGAAAAGACAAUGUAUAAUAUAAUUCAAAUCAACCUUUUCAAUCAUUGUUCUUUAGUUUUAUGUAGAGAGUGAAAUAUUCUUACAUUUCGUAAAAUCUCGCGCUAAGUAUUAAUAAGCAAUAAGUUAUACGUAUCUAACAUCUUAUGUUGUAUCAAGCACUGUUUAAUAG